AUGCUGAGCUGCACCUCUGUGUGGGUUGGCGGUGCUGCAGGCAAGGACAUGCCUACCGUGAUUGCUGGGAUGGAUACUCUUCGACAGCACGUUGAUGCGACUCAAGCGCUCUUCGACUCCUACAAUGGCGGUUUGCUCUCAUCUCUGGAGUUGGGGCGUUCGAUCUGGAAUGUGUACUCUUCAACGAAGUCGGCUCGAAGUCACUGGGACGCGGCGUCCCCGUUUGAAGGCGAAGAUGUUGCUGAUAUCCUGGUCUCCUAUCAUGCUAUGAGGCGCUCGAUUGCAUCUGCUGUGGAUUCUGCAAGCAGUAAGGGAUCGAUCUACGACAAAAGCGGUGUACGAAUGAUGGCUGUCGGCAUGUUGCAGCUUUUCGAGAAUGAGCGGAGCGACUUUCAGCAGGCAGCCCGGGCAAAGAUCCCCGAAUCUUUUCAUGAUAGCAUCGCCGGUCCUGUGGCAAGCCUGGAGAAAGAAUUUCAGAGUGCGAUGAAGGCGUUGGCAUAA